CCUUUUUACUCUUUUUUACCAGCAAAGCUAGGGCUCGCGAGGUCUUCUUAUUCGUCGCGAUCGAUCGAUCGAUCAAUCGGUGAUUAGAUCACAGCCCCCGAUUGAGCGGUAGCAAGCCACUUUCACCCCUGCGCAACAGCGAGGAGGAGUCAGGAGCUCUGAUUCACCUUCCCGGCGGCGGCCGUCCCACGGGAGAGAAGUGAGAAGGGGUGGAUGUUUUGUGGUUCUUUCGAUGGAUUUGAAUGCGUCACCUUUGCCUGAAGAAGAUGAGCAACCUUACGCGGAGAAGUUGGAGGGUGAGGUCAUGCAUGAAGAAAUUAUCGAGUCUGCGGUGGCCACAAUGCGUCGGGAGCGUGAAGAAAGGCGUCAGAAGUUGAAAAGAGAAAACCAUGAUGAUGGUCAUCGAUAUUCCCAACAAGCGAGAAACAGUUACAUGUCCCAGAGUAGAAAUACUAGACAUCAUGGAAGAGUUAAGGAGCUCCCUCAAGGUUGGAUAGACUGUCCUUCAUUUGGUCAGAACAUCGGCCUCAUAAUUCCUUCCAAAGUUCCUCUAGAUGAGACGUUUAAUGAAAGUGUGCCACCUGGAAAAAGAUAUUCUUCAAAACAAGUUAUUAAUAAACUAAGAAGUCAAGGACGCGAACUUGGAUUGGUAAUUGAUUUGACAAACACAAGACGCUACUAUUCACCAUUUGAAUGGACCAAGUUGGGCAUUAAGCAUGCCAAGAUUCCAUGUAAAGGGCGUGACUCUGUGCCGGAUAAUGAAUCUGUAAAUAUGUUUGUUCACGAGGUAUUACAAUUUCUGUUCCGCCACAGACACUCGAAGAGGUAUAUUCUUGUUCAUUGCACUCAUGGCCACAACCGGACUGGUUUCAUGAUUAUCCAUUUCCUCAUGCGGACUCAACGAAUUCACGUUGCUGAAGCAUUGCAAAUAUUUUCUCAUGCACGCCCACCGGGAAUAUAUAAGCAGGAGUAUAUUGAAGCACUUUAUAAGUUUUAUCAUGAAAGUCCAGAGAACGUUUUUUGUCCUCCUACUCCAGAGUGGAAAAGGUCAUCUGAUCUUGACCUGAAUGGUGAAGCUGUGCAGGACGAUGAUGAUGAAGAUGGUGAUACUGGAAUUGGAUUGUCUGCGGAUAUGGAUAAUAAAGUCUUAACAAAUGAUGAUGUUCUAGGCGAUGCAAUUCCUUUUGACCAGCAAGAUACCAUGCGCCAUCUUUGUUACCAAUUCCUUGACUUAAUUCCACCAACGGGAAGAGCAAAUCUUCAAUUUCCUGGCUCACAUCCUGUUUCUCUCAACAGGGAUAAUCUGCAACUACUAAGACAAAGAUACUACUAUGCUACAUGGAAGGCUGAUGGAACACGCUACAUGAUGUUUAUUACUAGUACUGGAUGCUACCUAAUUGAUAGAAAUUUUUGUUUUCGGAGAGUUCAAAUGAGGUUUCCCCUGAAGAAUGCUGCUGAGGGUUUCCACAAUGACACGCUCAUUGAUGGGGAAAUGAUUAUUGACGAAAUUCCAGAUGUGGGACGGAAGAGAAGAUAUUUAGCUUAUGAUUUAGUUGCACUGAAUCAUUGCUCUGUUAUGAAGUUGCCAUUUUCUGAGAGGUGGAAACUACUAGAGGAAGAAGUAAUUCGACCAAGGAAUUAUGACAGAAAACAAUUAGAGUUCGAGGGCAAGGGCCAUCCCAUUUAUAGAUAUGACAUGGAGCCAUUUUCAGUUCGCAGGAAGGAUUUUUGGUUUUUGUCGACUGUUACUAAGCUUUUGAAGGAGUUCAUUCCUAGGCUUUCACAUGAAGCCGAUGGUCUCAUUUUUCAGGGAUGGGAUGAUCCAUAUAUACCACGUACACACGAGGGUCUCCUGAAGUGGAAAUAUCCAGAAAUGAAUUCUGUUGACUUUCUCUUUGAGAUUGGAAGUGAGAAUCACCAAUUGCUAUUCCUUUAUGAAAGAGGAAAAAAGAAACUCAUGGAUGGGGCUCGGGUUUCAUUUUCAGGUGUGGAGGAUAUCCCCAGCCUGUCAGGCAAGAUUAUUGAGUGCUCUUGGGAUUCAGAAGAAGGCUGUUGGUCAUGCAUGCGCAUAAGAACAGAUAAAUCUACACCAAAUGAUAUUAACACAUACAGAAAGGUCAUGCGCAGCAUUAAAGAUAACAUCACAGAAGAAGUUCUGCUGAAUGAAAUUGCCGAAAUUGUGCUCCUCCCGAUGUAUUCAGACAGGAUACAACGAGCGCAGCAGCUUCAGCACAGGCAAAGGUCUUAAAUCAGAAGCUCCUUUCCGGUUACCCUAGAAGGCCCGGAGUAAGUCAGCAAAUUUACCUUGGUUUCAUGAUUGGCUUGCCGAUUGCUCGCCCGUGUAACUAGUAGUUAGUAGUAGAGCUCUCUGGGGUCGAGCAGUUUGGCUAUUGCAGACAGCUCAAACCCUAGCCAGCGAUCAUUGUAUAUACACUAUUUUAUGUAAAGUAAUCAUUUUUCUUGUAUUGUUUUAGUGCCAAAGGAGAAAAUUUAGGAGUCCA